AUGGAAAGGAUUGAUUUAUCCACAAACUCUAGGUCUAUCAAAGAAGCUUAUGAAAAGGUUGUGCAAGGAGAUAAGGCUACUUAUGUUGUUUUUUCUGUCAACAAGAAUUCGACUUUAGAAGUUUCCAACGUUGCCCUGGGUUCCCUUCAGGACUUCAUUGAGGAGUUUUCUGAUGGCGUAAUACAGUUCGGAUUAGCAAAAGUGACUGUACCAGGAUCUGAUGUGUCAAAGAACUUGCUAGUUGGUUGGUGUCCGGAUAAUGCUCCCGCUAAGUUGAGGUUGUCGUUCGCAGCAAACUUUGCCGAUGUUUCCAAAACCUUGAAUGGGUACCACGUCCAAAUUACUGCUCGCGAUCUGGAUGACUUAAAUCUGGACGAAUUUGUCUCAAGGAUAGCUGCUGCUGCAGGGGCGAGGUACACUGCCCGGGCCAUCGAAAACGACUUCAAGACUGAUUUUAAGAAGCAAAUUCCGCUGACUUCUUCGUCUGGAAAGGAUGAUUCGAGGCCAUUCAUUCCAAAAUCAACGGGAAAACCCGUUUUUCAUGUCCCCUCCAAUCAGUCUUCGAAAGUAAGACCCUCGAAUAGUCCAAAUAAAGAAGUAGAAGACGAUGGGUGGAAUGGAGAAAAAGAAUUAGAGAUCAGGGAUUUUGAAAAGCAACCUUUGGAGCUGACACCAUCAGCGUAUAAACCGACGAAGGUCAACAUCGAGGAAUUGCGAAAGCAGAAGUCGGACACAGUGUCAUCUAAAUCGAAGCUUGAUGUCAAAAGCUCCACUCCAGUGCAGGCAAAAGUUAUCUCGAGUGACGCGGAUAACGAGCACGCAUUAGUUGAUGGGCGCCUAACUUCCUUGCCUAAACCAAAAGUCGCUGGAUCUGUCGCAAGCCGCUAUACCGCAGCAGCAAAGGAGUCGUCUAACGCUACAUUCGGGUCCAAACCAAUGGGUAGUCCUCUGCCAAAGAGGGCAGAUAAAGUCAUUAGUGGAAUGUCCAGAGAUUUUGGCUCAACAGGAGGAAAAACUCCCGCACAAUUGUGGGCGGAAAAAAAGGGAAUGUACAAAGAUGUUAGAUCUGGCCGGGACUCCACGUCAGGAGAAGAAUCUGGUAUUGCUGGUUUGGAAGAUGACAGUAUUCAGAAGCACGACUCAGCAGUAUCCAUUGAUGAUAUCAGUUCGAAACUCGAUCAAACUUUCCAGAAAGCAACUGGAGCAGAUGUGCUUGAAGAAGAUUUGCCGGUUGGAGCACGCGGAAUAAAAGAAGACGAUUCAACUAAUGCCGUACAUUCUUCGCAACCUCCGCGUUUACCUUCGAGAAUCUCACCUGCUGAUGCGACUGAAGAAAAGAAGCUUAUAAUGGCGAAAGCGAGCUUCGAUUACGAUAAAGAUGAAGAUAACGAAGUUGAUUUUAAGGAAGAUGAUGUCAUUGUUGACAUUGAGUUUGUUGAUGAGGAAUGGUGGAGUGGUACAAAUGAAAGAACUGGUGAGCUGGGUCUAUUUCCCGCUUCAUAUGUUACGAUAAUCAACGACGGUGAGAUGGAGAAAAUCGGCAAGGUUUCCUCAGAUGAAGACACCUCAAGCAAGACGGCUAAAGAAGCUGUUGCUGAGUUCUCUUAUGAGAGAGAUGAAGAUAACGAAAUCGAGUUUGAAGAAGGCGAACGUAUCAUCGAUAUCGAAUUUGUCGACGACAACUGGUGGUCUGGCAAGCGUGCCAAGACUGGUGAAGUGGGUUUGUUUCCAGCAAACUACGUAAAAUUACAAAAUUAG